GUUGAGGCGCACGCCUCUCGCCCCGUGCGCCCUGAGGCUGGUCGGGGAGAGGGCGUGGGCUCUGGCGGAGCCACGACGGCACUUCCAUGUCCGGUGCCGAUUUCGCAAGUCCCUGGUCGGCGGGAAGCUCCAAAUUCUGACCAGGGAGGGAGGACCUCAACAGAUCUGGCACUCGCACGCCCCACCUCUACCACGCAGCGGUCCGGUCAGCCGUCUACUCGACCCCAAUUCCCCAGCUCUGAGCCGGGGAAUAGCCAAGAAGCAACGGGGUUGGCCGCACCCAGGCCAGCUGAGGCCGGUCUGGCGGGUUCUUCGGGUCCUCAGGAGCGGGUGCCUUACGCUCCUGGAUGGGCUGUUUUCGAGGGCGACUCGGCCCUCGAUAAUGCACAAGUGGCGCGCGAAGUUCUUCGGGUCGCGCUGCUCCCGGCCGACCAGGCCAAAAUUCGGUCCAUGAACUACGGCGAGUUCAUGGACUCCGCUAUUUGCUCUUCCAUCCGACGCCUCCACGAGACCGAGACGAUGAUUCACAUCAUCCAGGACUAUCGGGACCGGGCCCGAAGGCAUCAAAGGGGGCGCGAGGAGGCCGAAACAAAGUUCCUCGCGUCUGAGGCCGAGCAGAAAGUGCUUCAAGCGAAGCUAGGGGCGGCCGAAGACGAGGUUCGGACUCUGGUCGCCGAACUUGAAGAGGAGAAGGGCGCGCACUCUUUGACUAUGUCUGAAGUGCGCGCCGCGGAGGCCCGCCGGACGGAGGCCGAAUCGUCGCUCGCUAUACGCGAGCAGGAGGUGGGGGAGGCUCGAAUAAAGGUCCGAGAUCUCGAGAUCCGUCUACUUGACGUGCAAUCUCUGCUCGCGGAUCGCGAGAGAGAAAUAAAGAUUUUGGAGCGGAAGGCCGCCUACCACGAGGCUCGAGAGAAGGAGGCCCGGGAGCAGGCCCAGGACGCCGUCAAGCUCUUCCGCGAAUCGGAAGAGUUUCGCGACUUGAUGGAAGAGGAAGGCGUCAAUGGUCUCAUCCAGGGCUUCAAGGACUUCCGCAAUCAGUUGCGGCGACUUCUCCCAGAUUUCGACCUUAGCCUGCUUCAACCAGGCGCUGGGGUCGAAAACCCAGAAGCGGAGGCGGAGGUAGAGGUUCCAACCUCUGGCGGGACCGACCAGGAGGGUCUAGCUGAAGAAGGCGAGAUCGCUCUCGAGGUCACCGAGGCAACUCCCAAAGCCACCGUGGGGGCCUCGGCCGCAGAAGAGCCAACUAUUCCUGAAGUCGCCGGGCCUGAGCCCUUGGUGUAG